AUGGCAAUAGGAGUCAGGGCUGGCCAUGGAUCCCCCUGGGGCAUGCCCUGGAGAAUGGUAAGAAAAUGACUUAAAGAGAAAAAAAAUCUAUUUUAGUUAUUAAUUUUUUUUGGUGUGUUAAGUACAUGGGUUCAACCUGUGUCCUUCCCUCCCCAUCAACCCAAGACACAUCCUCUAGCUGCCACUCUAAUGAGGAUGGCCUCUUCCCUCCUCCAUGAAGCCCUAUCACAGAUACUUCCCAGCUCUGGUGUGACACUGGCCCCAUGCUGAUAGGUCUCUGCACAUUUUAGUUCUGGCUAUAAGCUUAUUCAUAACUGGGGUGGGCAGAUAGGAUUUGAGGAUGAGGGGUUUGGCUGCAUCCACUUGCAUCUCUAGUCAUGAAUAGCAGGGAAGAGGCGGGGCUCAUGUGUAAUGUAGCAUCAGGGGGAGGAAUCGCUUAUGUAACUGGGACAACAGAUUUAGCAGGUAGAGGAGGCAGAGGCUUUGGAUGGGAACAGUAAGCUGUCGGCAGGGGCAACAUGCCCGGGUGGUUGCUUCUCAUAAGCAGGGUGGCAACAUCCAGGGUCCCUGGGUGCGAGGCUGGAAGAGCCUCUGGUCAGGUGUGGGAACUACCAGGUCAGGUCUGGAAGAGCUGUGGGGACUACGGGGGCAUCAGUGCCUACACCAGGAGCCCCCGGAGCCGACCCCGUUGCUAAUAGAGAAGCCUCUGUCUGAGUGGCCAGUGCCUCAGUUCGUCAACCUUUUUCUGCCGGAGUUUCCCAUUAGGCCUCUUACAGGGCAUCACCAGCUGAAGAUUUUAGGACUUGUGGCUAAAGGCUCCUUUGGAACAGUCUUCAAGGUGCUAGAUUGUGACCAGAAAGCAGUAUUUGCAGUGAAGGUGGUGUCCAAGGUAAAGGUCCUACAGAGGGACAUCCUGAGGCAGUGCAAAGAGGAGGUUAGCAUCCAGCGACAGAUCAACCAUCCUUUUGUACACGGUUUGGGGGACAGCUGGCAGGGAAAACGACACCUCUUCAUUAUGUGCAGCUACUGCAGUACAGAUCUGUGCUCCCUGUGGUCCUCUGUCGGCUGCUUGACUGAGGCUUCCAUCCGCCUCUUUGCUGCUGAACUGGUUCUGGUGCUGUGCUAUCUCCAUGAUUUGGGCAUCAUCCACCGAGAUGUGAAGAUGGAGAAUAUCCUUCUGGAUGAACGAGGCCAUGUGAAACUGACAGACUUUGGUUUGUCCCGCCACCUGCCCCAGGGAGCCCGAGCCUAUACUAUCUGUGGCACCCUUCAGUACAUGGCCCCAGAGGUCCUGAGUGGAGGGCCUUACAACCAUGCUGCUGACUGGUGGUCCCUGGGUGUCUUGCUUUUCUGUCUGGCAACUGGGAAGUUCCCAGUGGCUGCAGAGAGGGAUCAUGUGGCCAUGUUGGCAAGUGUGACACACUAUGAUUCUGAGGUCCCAGCUUCUCUUAACCAGGGGCUCUCACUCCUGCUCCAUGAGCUCUUAUGCCAGAAUCCCCUCCACCGUCUACGUUAUUUGCAUCACUUCCAGGUCCACCCUUUCUUCCGGGGUGUGGCCUUUGACCCAGAGCUCCUACAGAAGCAGCCAGUGAACUUUGUCAUGGAGACACAAGCUACCCAGCCCAGUCCAUCGGAGUCCAUGCUUUUCAAGAACUUUGACUGUAACCUGGAGUCCUACCUGGUCCAUCCCAGCCUUGCUUGAGCCCCUCUACUGUAGAUCGGGGCCUGAGAACCCAAGGAUCUCCUCCACUGCCAACUCAGUAUGACCACUUUGAUGAUCUAGUUUGUUUUUACUCUGUAGCCUCUUACUAUUCUGUUCUUCUACUUGUUGGACCAGAGUUCAAAUCUUGUGCAUUCUGCUAUUGGCAGCCACAAUUGGCCCUACCCCUCCCUACUCCCUAAUACAACUCACCUCUCAAUUCAA